AACGAAUGUCUUGGCAGCUACCAUAUGGAGAUGGAAGGACUGAAGAGGAUGGUGGAACUGCUGAUCAGCUGGGACCUGGAUGUCGGGGUGCUGGUGACAGACCGACACAGACAGAUCGCUAAAUGGAUUCGUGAAAACAUGCCCAAUACACGGCACUGCUAUGACAUCUGGCAUGUUGCAAAAUCCAUCGGAAAGAAACUGAAGGCCAUCGUCAAGCAUAAGGACUGUGAAGACUUGAAGCCCUGGGUGCAAAGUAUAAUCAACCACCUCUACUGGGCAGCAGUGUCUACACCGCCUGGAGAGGGGGAACUUCUGGUUGCCAAGUGGAAGUCUGUGGAGCGACACAUUCAGAACAUCCACAAGGACCAUGGCGACCUCUUCCCAAUUUGUACUCAUGGACAACUGCAACGGCAAAAGAAAUGGCUCAAACAAAGUUCACGCUCAGCAGUGAAACUGGAGGAGGUGGUCAACAACAAGUCCCUGCUAAAAGAUAUCGCCAUGCUGUCGGGUGAACACCAGACUUCCAAGGUGGAGGCGUUCCAUAGCCUUAUCAUACAGUUCGCACCGAAAAUGUAUGUCUUCUCAUACAUCGGAAUGCUGUGCAGGAACCUGCUUGCUGGGCUGCACUGGAACGAAAAUUCGAGCCGCCCUAUAGCCACUACACAAGUGGGUGCUGAGCGCUAUGCAGUACGCUACCCGAAGUAUAAAGCAGGGGGCCAUGUGGUCAAGAAAAUCGCGACAGAGCCAACAUACCGCUACGUAGAUGACUUGAUCAGGGAGGUUGUUGCUGGCUGCAGACAGACCCCUGACGAGAGAACACCACUCAGCGUCACUGUGGAUGUGCCUCCCUUCCUCUGCGAUGAACUGGAGAAGCCAGACAAGGAGGAAGCCAUCGCCAAGCACAGGAGUCGCUUCGGGGUUAUUCCGGUGACCAUGGAUGAAGUGCUGGCUGUCCAGAGUUGGGACCCGGGGUAUACCGCUCGCCUGUGCAUCGGUUGGGGACAUCUGCGCUGCUGACCCGUCUCCGCUCGGGGUGGCCUCCUGCUGGCCCCACUAUGGACUGGACCCUCACUAAUAUGUUAGACCCACUCGACAUCCAUUGCUUUCGGUCUCCCCUAGAGGGGGGGGGGGGGUUACCCACAUAUGCGGUCCUCUCCAAGGUUUCUCAUAGUCAUUCACAUCGACGUCCUACUGGGGUGAGUUUUCCUUGCCCGUGUGUGGGCUCUGUACCGAGGAUGUCGUUGUGGCUUGUGCGGCCCUUUGAGACAUUUGUGAUUUAGUGCUAUAUAAAUAAACAUUGAUUGAUUGACUGAUUGAUUGAUUGAUUGAUUUUAUUGAUUAAGUACAGUGGCCAUGUAGAUUCUGUUGCAGUCACUGCACGUCUUGGAACCCCGUGUAGUCCAUCGAUGGGAAUGUUGUCCUAAUCUUAUGUACUACACAAGCUGGUAGUACCACCCUUAUGUCCUUUCCCAGAUAUCCCCAGCAGAAGCGGACAAACUGUCGAUAGGCUGUGUGUCGUCUCCGCCUGCAAGUAGCAAAUGAUGGCAGCUGUUAUUAUCCGGACAUGGAUACACAGUGACUCACUGUUCUCUGAGAUUCAAAAGACAUUGUCAUGCAUUCUAUUCAUUUGUCAUUUACUGUUGCAGUAAAUUGUAAAUAUUGUUGACAUCUACGGUCCAUCUAUGUAAUACUUCUAUGAUAUAUAAUGUCAUGUGCAUUGUAGCACAGUACAUUUCACAGAAUAAGAAUAAGAUAAGAAAGUGCUCAUUCUGACUUAUCUUCCAA